AUGACUCUAGGAGGUUGCCGGCAUCCUCUGCUCAUCUUGCUACCGUUGCUGCUAGUGCUAGGAAUGAUGCCCGAGUCCAAACAGCUGCAGUCGUCGCAGACAUGGUCGCUGCUCCGGAUCCAGCACCUGCUCAACUACCCGCCGGUGCUCCGCACCUGGGCCAACAGCAGUUACAGCACCAACUUCUGCUAUGGCGGGGACUACAAGACCGCCUCCGCCUUCAUCGAGUGCUACGACAACAACAUGACGCAGCUCCACAUCAUGGGGCCUGGCACCGGCGUGCCUCCGCUGCCCAAGACGUCCAGCAUUGAUGCCUCCAGAACAACUCGCUGCAGGGAAGUUCAGGAAUGA